AUGAGUCCAAACCCCUCCAGCGACUCAUUGUACCUGGAUUCCAAUGUUGCACUCGGACAACGGAGGCAAUCCGAGGUCGAGAUGGAGGCAAAUGACGCCGCUUUCCAUAAAGCCGAAGGACAGGAAGGACAGGAAGGUGUUCUUACGGGCAUGAAACAUCAACUCGACUCGAUGGCUCCUGGUGGCUCCAUGUCGGAGUUUGGAAAUUCCGUUAGCUCUGCCGCCCAAGAGAAGAUGAUCGCCGCGAAGGAUACUUUAAUGGACGAAGCGUAUCCUGCUGCGCAGGGAGCCUUACGUACCGUUCAAGGUCACAUUCGCGCCAUUUCAGGUGGAUCAAAUGAAGCUCAGGAGAUGGUACCUCCAGAACCUUCCCAGGAGGAACGCGAAUGCGUUGAUAAAAUGAGCAACGAACAGGUUUGCGAUUUCCUACGAGAGAGACAUAUGAGCAAUAAGCACACACAGCCAACAAAGUAG